UGUCCUUCUAUACACGGAACUUCGGGUGAAGAGGGAAGUUUAGUCUGUUAGUGUGGCGCGACGAAAUUCUGCGUGUCUUGUGUUAAAACAUACAUAAUAAAUGUAUAUUAGCUGACUUCUGCUCUGGGAAGAUUCCGGUUUGGUGGCCGUACGCCUUAUUCACACACUUGAUGAGAGCCACCUAGCUUCUGAAAUUCACCAGGACAAAAAGCCUAAUGGCUCAGCAACAACCACCGAUCCAGUCCCAACAAACAUCAGAGCCCUUGCUGAACGUCCAGAGGAUGCAGUUCUGGCUGGAAAAAGUGGUGUGUUGGGGACAGGCUGGCAGUCCAGACAUCCAAAAAGACAUCUGCCUGCACUUGCGUAGACUACAGGGUUUCCUCCAGCAGCUCGUCUCACAUAUCAACAACAUGAGCUCCACAACUGAAGCCAUGAAAAGUCUGCCCUUCCUUGGCCAGUUUUUGGGCCGGCUGUGCUGGAACCCUUAUGUCACUGCUGAUGAUACAAGCAGACGGCUGCUGUUCCAGUGUAUGUGGGGACUGUAUUCAGAGCAUCCCAGCAAUGCUGUGGAAAGAAAAGCCAACCAGUGGAUACAGAAGGUGCUGUGUCAGCUUGCUACAGAAGAAGAUAAUGCUGCAGUGCAGGAAUUAAUGAAGCGUAUGGGUGUAUCACCUGAAGAGUAUCAUCUCAAAGUCUUAAGAAAGAUGGUGACACUGUUGCAGGAAAACAUAGGAAAGAGCUGCAGUUCUCUGAGUAACAUAAAUCAGAGGUGUUCAUGUGAGAGCAUUCUGGCUACAUCAGAGGCUUGUGUCCCCCUCGUCACUUGUCCUGAGGCUGCUCCUCUCAUUGGCGCAUUGCUACAGCGGCCAGCGACUUGUGUCAGAGCAGCUCUUAGUGAGGACUUCCUAGAUGCUCUGAGCUCUGCCUACUUAAGCCAAGGAGCAUCACUGGAGGAGCAGGCAGUGGUGUCUCUGUGGUAUCACAGCCUGUCCAGCCUGGAAGGGGCAGUACUAAGUCUUCUAGAGUCUCUUCUUACCAACACGGGGUCAACACCGUUGGAGAUAAAGCAGCAUGUAGCAAAGUCGCUGCUGCCUAAAGCCUGUGCUCAGCACUGCUCUAUAUUUUUGGUUACAAGUGACAUCUUCAGGUCCAUCCUUAAGCAAGCUGAAGGAAAUAAGUCUAUUAAGUUUCUUAUCCAAACCUUUACAAGCUGUUUCCUCAGGGAGCUGGCACUGCUGCAGCCUCAGGAGCAUGUUUCUUUGAAGGCAUUCUUCCCACAGUCGCCUCAGAGUCUGUUGGUUCCCCUGUUGACCCUGCCAUCAGAGAUGCCUCAGGAGGCUUGGAGACAUCACCUGAACUGGAUCAGUAGCUCAGUACAGAGACUGACAGAGGAGGAAGAAGAGGGAGACAGAGACAGUGGCGGCAGCACCAGGGGGCACCACAAAGUGUAUGAGGCCUGGUUCCUAUUGGUUCAGUGUGGCUACUGGGUGCAGGUGACUGCCCAGCUGCUGGUGACAUCAGGGCCUGAGGAUUUUGGCCCCCUCCUGUGGCUGUUGACUUUUUACCACCACCCCACCAGAAGGUUACACCAUAGAGCUUUACAACUGGUUCAUGCAAAAGAAGCAUGGAAUCACCUGCAUUGCCUUUUCUUGGUCUUAGCUGGUCCUCUUCCUGUUGACCGCCUGCAGUCAUUGCUCACCCUGAUGUCACCUCAACCUCAGCAACCACUGUCUCCAUUAUUGAUUCUCAAACUCUUGGUCAACUUUGCUGUUUUCUCCCAACAACAGCUGAGUAGAUCAACAAAGAUUUUACAGACGCCCAGGUGGUGGAUCAGUCUGGUCUGGCUGGUGAAGCAGCGUGUGUUCUCCACUCACUGGAGCUCAGACUAAAUGAAGAAAGCUGUGUAUCAAGUGACUCUAACAGAGUUCAUCUUAGGAUCAAGGCACUUCAAAACAUUUAACACAUGUGCAUGCAACAUGGAAACCUGCUGAGAACCAAGCACACACACACACAAAACCGGUGAGUGUGCAUACCCAGACACACACAUGUUAAUGCACAUAACCACACAGCAGUGAGUUCAUCCUCCACUCAGGGUUUUGUUCAGAGAACAUUUGCAGAAUGCUAAAUAAUUACAGUUUGGUGUAGAUAUGCUGUGGAACAAUGACAGGAGUGUGUCUAAACAGCACAGCGAGGACAGAUUAUGUAGAGAGCCAACAAUUAUACACGCACACAGACAAGGCCCACAAGGACACUUGAGCAGUGACAGAUCGCACUGCAAAGAAGCAGCAGCGCGUACAACGUGUCAGAGCCCUCCCACUCAUAAUUGUCUUACACUAUAAAUCCUUCAUGUUACACAGGCUGACUGAAAGACAUUUAGCUUCAAAAGGAAAUCCAAAUGCCUGUAAUCAUUGAAUAAUUAUUGUUUUUGCUAAAAUAUGUUAAUAUGAAAAACAUAUUCCAACAGUACUGAAUAUAUGGCAAAAUGUGAAUAAUUAAAUGUAAUGUUACAUAUUCCUUCCUGUACAUUUUUGUUAUCUAUAAAGGUAUAGAUUGACUUGUUGUCAUCAAUGUUUGAGUCAUAAUUUGAAGCACAGACAUUUAAAAUGAAUAUUGCAGUGCAACAUUUGCAAAUACCCUACUUAUAUUUCUAGAUAACUACUUCAUUACAAUGUGAAUAUUGUAAAUAUUUUAGGGCUGCAACUAAGGAUUGUUUUUAUUAUUGAUUAAUCUGACAGUUAUUUUCUCUAUUAAUCGAUU